AUGUGGCAGCCAGACCCAGACCAGGCAUUACGAACAAGAUCAAGAGAGGAAACUGCUGCUGUUGCUGCAACCAGCAGCAGCAAAUUGGCCACAGACUUGAUCAACCUGUCCAUUUCCAAGACGCUCUGCCAACAACUGUCAAUUGAUCAGGACUCUGAAACAGUCCCCAGUCAGCCCAAGUCAACUGAGCUGGACUCUGUGCAGCAGCCCCAGCCGGCCGUCAAGGAAGAAGUAGAAGAAGAAGGCAAGAAGAAUAGCCUGGAAACGAUUGCCAAAACGGACUCGCUGCCUGCCGUAGUAGGCGGUGGUCAUCGGGAAAACGGUCACGAGAAAGAGGAGGAGAGUGACGAGACACACGCCAACGAAGAGAACGAAGAACAGGCGGUGGCCACAUCGCCGGACGAGCGUUUCCUCAAAUUCGAGGAGGAAUUUGGCCGCGGUAGUUUCAAGACCGUCUAUCGAGGACUUGACACGCAAACGGGAGUUUCAGUCGCCUGGUGCGAACUUCAGCAAGUUGUCCAGCAGCCUAUUCAGCAGGUUGUCCAGCAACCUAUUCAGCAGGUUAUUCAACAGCCGAUCCAACAGCCGAUCCAGCAGCAGAUCCAGCAGCCGAUCCAGCAGCCGAUCCAGCAAACUCAGGAUCAAAUGGCGUACAUCCAGCAAUCGAUGGUUCAUCAACAAGUUCCCCAGCAAAUGGUGGAUCAGUCUGGCUUAUACAUCCAGCAACCGAUGCAACAGUCGGUCACUGAGCAACCGACCUAUCUUCCUCAACAACCCAUCAUCCAGCAGCCGGUUGUCCAGUCUUUGCCUCAACCUCUUGUCGUCCAGUCAGGCAUCGUCCAACCUGUUGCCCAGCAAAUUUUCGUCCAAACAGCCUACAUUCAGCAGCAGCAGCAACAACCGAUUCAUCAAAUUCAACACAUUGAGCAGCAAACUUACAUCCAAUCUGAUCAGGUCAUCGAUCAGUACGUUCCAGCAGCGUACCAGCUGCCACAGAAUGUGGAACAACAACAACAAUCGGCCUACGUUCAAUCGGCCCCAGCCGAAUUAGUCCGCAAACAGUCUGGACUCUGUCAGCAACAACUGGGAGCGGCCGCGACGACAACGGCGGGUGAAAAACGUCUGGGUCGUCGGUUGACUAACAAACGGCGCCAAACGGCCGAACGCGGAACCCGACUCUCCGUGCUGAGUGUCCAGGGCUCCGUGGUCGAAUGCCAAGUGGAAACGAUGAAGCAAGAAACGGUGACGUUCAAAUUCGAUCAAGCUGACACGGUUCCGGCUGACGUGGCCAACAACCUCAUUAAACAUCGAUUGCUAAGUGAACAACAUGCGGAAAUUUUCAUAGAGCAGGUGGAGGAUAUUCUCCGACAAUUGAGAGAGAAUCCGGAUGUCCUUCCGGUGGUAUCUUUACCUCCAGCUAAGCCAGCUGCUGAUUCAUUGUCACCCAACCGAUCAGACACGACGGCUACUGCUGCUGCUUCUACUUCCAGCGUAGGAUCUGUCGAAAGUGUCGAAUCCACGACGAAAGGAUCGACAGCCGAUAUUCCUCAAUCGGUUCCCGCCGCAGUCUUGGCUGUUAUUCCAGUUGCCGUUCCAGUUGCCGUUCCAGUUGCCGUUCUGGUCGUGGCUUCUGCUAUCCCGUUUCCAGUCGGAUCCCAUUUACACUCGAGAUCUACCAGUCUAGAUGGAAGCGAUGUAUGUCACACGGGACCGAGCGACUCGGCCGUCUCAGCUGUCUCGGCAGCGCUUACUACUAUUCAAUCCCAAACAACAACAACAUCCACAGUUCCUCCUACCAACAACCUUGCCCCGCUUAGUAUUUCUAAUCCUGGCGUAGCUGUCACUGUAGACGGUGCUACUCCGCCUGUUGAGUCCAAUGAGCCAGUAACGCCCAAGGUGCGCAAAGUUUCGAGGUUCUUGGUCAAGACAAUCUCCGCUCCUUUACCGGUUCUGGAAGUGGCACCAUCCACUCACUCGACCGUUUUGGAGCCCCCUCUUCUAACUCCGCCAGCGGCGACAUCCAUCCCGUCUAUGAUGUCACCUCCCGAAUUUUUUCCUCCGGCUGGACCCAUUCAGAGAUGCCAAUUGCCUCCUGUCGUCUGUCAGGAGCCGAACGUUCCUGUCGCUCAGUCAGGCCCUACACUGGUCCCGACUACCAGCAACGCUGCCAAUGUUGCCGGAAAGGAUUUGGGCGCGGCUUUCGUGACUGUCGCCCUGAGUAUCAACAUAACAUCGAACGGCAUCUACGCCACCAGCCGAUGCAGCAGUCCAGCUCGUGCUCCAAACAGCGCCAAUGCCCAGGGUGAUCUAUCUGUCAGUACGGCCGCUGUCCCUCUGAAACUUUGUCUGGGUGAAACUAACAAGACUGGGUGAAACCAACACGACCGGAUCGAGAACAGCCGGUGAUAAUAGUUUGCCCAUGUCGCAGCCGCCUACUCCGCAAGCUUGUCCGACGAUGGACACUUAUUUGAUGGACCUCCAACACAAAUUGGCUUCCCUUUCCAUGGCCAAUAAUAACGCCAGUGCUGCCGCUUCGCACAUGCAACAGCAGCAACAACAGCAGAGCUAUUCGCCGGAUGCCACGCAACAACUUCCAUCGCCCACGUCAUCCACCAAGGAAAGAACUCCUUCCCUGGAUCAUUUGAUUUACCCUACGGUUGUCGAUCAAGUGGAUCAGGCGGCCGAGAGCAACCGGCCAGCCCAACAACAACAGCGCAAAGUCUUGCCCUCCACCAUCGACAUUCACGACUUGCAUUCCGAGUUGUCGAAAUUGCAUUCGCAGGGCACUGGUCAUCCGCCGGCCUUGUUGAAAGCCAAGGAGCACGAAAAUAAAGUGAAUCCUUCCACUACGGAAGCCUCCGCAGCGGCACCGGCCGCAACGAAUCCCGUUGCUCAGUCAAAAACAACGGCCAGUCAUGGCCCUGACGUUGUGGAUGACCAUCCGCAAACGCCGACGGAACAACAACCGCAACCUUCCUUCAAAGGGAUUCCAGUCACGGUUCCAGUAGCGCUGAUUCCAGUAGCUCCUGUCACCGCACCCACCGCUCCUGUGACCGCUGCUCCAGCGAUUGCCACCGCAACGAUCACAAAGGAUCAGAAGAGUAGUCAAACGGAGCCUCAGAUGAUCGUUGCCCAGCAACCGCUGCAACGCAAGUUGUCGCUUCCGCCACCGGCCCCGCCCGGAGGACGCCGAAUCUCUCGUUUCUGUGUCAGUUUGUUGACGAGCAACAGGGAGCAGCUGCUGCCC